UGGUCUGGAUUUUGUUGUCAUCUUCUAGGGUAAAUGUGAAAUUUCACAUCCCAGUGUAUUUAGAUAUGAUUCCAGACAGGAUGGCAUGAUAAAAGGAGUAUCAUAAAAGAGACAAGUCUGACACCUGUACUAUCCAGGACAAGUGGGGUAUUUCUCACUUCUUUGUUGUUCCAAGCCUUUGAACUUACAGGAGUUCCUAUUGUUCUAAAUCCCCAGCUGAGAACCAGCUUCCCCAUCAUGAAUAACAAUAACUCUUUCAUAAAUCAAUGUCUGGAAAUCUCAUUGUUUUGAUUUGCAUGUCUUUAAUGUUAGGGUGUCCAUGGUAUUGUCUUGUAAAAUUAGAGACUGCACUGCUCUUAGCAUGCCUAUAAAAGUUGUGGGAUUUCUGUGGCUGGUCAUUCAGUUGUGGAGCAGCUACCCUACAGUACAGAUCGUGACCAGAGUACAGCACAAUGGCAAUCUUCCUUGCUGAUGACAUGAAGAAACUUCUCCACAACAAGUUUGUGGUCAUUAUUGGUGACUCAAUCCAGCGUGGAAUCUACAAGGACAUGGUGGUCCUACUGCAGGGGAACCGCUAUCUACAGGAGGGACAGCUCAAGGCUAAGGGGGAGUUUCACUUCGAGGGUGAUGUGCUGGUGGAGGGAGGGAGACUUGGAGAGAUGACCAACAAGCUCAACUACCGGGAAGUUCGACAGUACCGGACGGAUCAUCAUCUCAUCAGGUUCUACUUCACCACCCGUUCCUACAGUGACUACAUGGAGACCAUCCUGGCAGACCUGGCAGACGAGCCGCAGCCUGACGUCCUCAUCAUGAACUCCUGUCUCUGGGACAUCACAAGGUAUGGUCCCAGCUCAGUGCCGAUGUACAAAAAGAACCUGAAGAAACUGUUUGGAAGGUUCAAGGAGGUCCUCCCUGAGCAGACACUUGUCAUCUGGAACACCACCCUUCCCGUGGCCAACAGUGUACGCGGCGGCUUUCUCAUCCCAGAAGUGGAGUUCAAGAACGAGACUCUGAGACUGGACAUUUUGGAGGCUAAUUAUUAUGCCCGUGACGUGGUGGUGUCCCACGGAUAUGACGUCCUGGACAUGCACUAUAACUUCAGGUACCAGCUGCAGCGACGCGUGAAGGACGGCGUGCACUGGAACCAGGAGGCUCACCGCCGGAUGACCAACCUCCUGCUCUCACACAUCACCGAGGCCUGGGGCUACAAGCUGCCGCGCCACGUCCUCCCCGUCAACAUCCCGCCCCAGCACGACACACCGCGACAGUACCAGUCCAAUCCUAACAUCCACAGCUUCACCGACCCCCCGCGCCCAGUCCGCUAUGUCAACAGCAGCUGGCCACACCACCACCACGCCUCUCCGGUCGGACUGAACCUCCCCACCGGACUCACACCAGAGGAGAGGUACGGAGGGCCGAUAGGAAAGCCAGUAUUUGCAGAGCCUCUGGACAACAACCUGCAGUGCAACUUCCAGAUCAGCUUUCAGCCCAACAUGUUCAACGGUGUGGACUUCUCCAGUAGGGACUACCUGUCGCAGAACUACCUCCCAAACAUCCAGCACGCGUGGGACGGCGGGAGGAACCGCCUCGUGCAGCGGGGAUGGCCAGCGGAACGGUACACGCCGUACGACAUCCAGCAGCGCGUUGCCCACGCCCAGAACAGGAAAAUCAGCGUAAACGUUGGUGGAUACCAUGCUAGAGGCAGACACAACAGGAGGUAAGAUCCUCAGCACAGGACAGAACACUCUAGAACUUUCACUUGCCAGCUUUGAUCUUUGUGGAGCAUGUCCAGGUAAUAAACUACUGUAUUGCCCAGGUUGCAAUAUUGGUUUGUACAAAAGUGGAGACCUGAUAGUGCUUUGUAAGUUGAUUAUGGUCCAUUUGUUGCAGCUAAAGAGGCUAUCAACUACAAGAUAUUUUUAUAUCUGACUCAGCAUUAUGUUCUAGUGAAUGGAACACUGAACAAAGAUGUACAGUCUGAAAUGAAAUAAUAGUAGCUAGACGUACAUGUAGGAGACAGCUGGGCCUGUAGUGUAAAUGGUAGUGUUUUGAUAGCACCAGAAAUGUACAGAGAUGUUUAUUUUUCCUCUAAGAAAGUGUUUGGUGCAAAUACUAAGAGGCACAGAACAAAGUGGCAGCUACCACUGGACCAUAUUGGUGCAGAUUUGACAGCACCAUUUAUGUACAGAGACUAUUUAUUUUUCUUCAAAUAAAGUUUGUUUAUAUACAUAGCGGUAGUGGUAUUAGGUCAUGGUAAGUGAUCUAUACUACGUGAUCAGUCAGUCUUGUUGCGACUGUUUGAAUGCUCACUGUGUAGUAUGGUCAGAAUGAAAAACCAUUACAAGUUCAUACUGUGUUCCUUUCUUACUAAUUGUUUAGUAUUAUGUUGUUUUCAGGUUCAUUAACAAAUCUUUAUGUAUCUUGUUGCUAUGACUUUCCACAAGUUGCAAUAAUAAAUGUUAUGUUUGUUACAGAA